GGGCAGCUUUGAGUGGAUGGGAGGGUUACCGCUUGCAGACAGGAGAAGACAUCCAUGGCAACAAACAUGGCAGAAGCGGAGACCCGUCAGAGGCUGCUGCGCACCGUCAAGAAGGAGGUGAAGCAGAUUAUGGAGGAAGCUGUCACCAGGAAAUUUGUUCAUGAAGACAGCAGCCAUAUUGUGUCCUUUUGUGCUGCAGUGGAGGCAUGUGUUCUGCAUGGGUUGAAACGUCGAGCGGCGGGGUUUCUACGCAGCAACAAGAUCGCAGCCCUCUUCAUGAAGGUUGGGAAGAGCUUUGCCCCGGCGGAGGAGCUGUGCAGGAAGGCCCAGGAGCUGGAACAGAUCAUUGAGACGAAGCGAAGUCAAAGUUUACAAAGUCAAGACAGUUUACGCAAGAUACCCCGGUUACCAAGCCUCGCACCCCAGGCCGUCAAAAAUCUAUGGAUCCGAACGGCAUUGUUUGAAAAGGUGCUGGACAAGAUUGUUCACUACCUGGUGGAGAACAGCAGUAAAUACUAUGAGAAAGAGGCUGUACUAAUGGACCCGGUGGAUGGACCUAUCCUUGCCUCUUUGUUAGUUGGACCUUGUGCUUUGGAGUACACAAAGAUGAAGACAGCUGACCACUUCUGGACGGACCCAUCAGCUGACGAGUUGGUGCAAAGACAUCGCAUCCAUGGCGGUCACUUUAGGCAGGAUUCACCCACCAAGAGGCCAGCACUCUGUAUCCAGAAGCGGCACUCCAGCAGCAGCAUGGAUGAACGCCCGUCCCCCUCGCCAUCAGCUCGUGAAUAUGUUGAAUCACUACAUCAGAACAGCAGGGCGACCCUUCUUUUUGGCAAAAACAAUGUGCUGGUACAGCCGAGGGAUGACAUGGAGGCUAUCCCAGGUUACCUCUCUUUGCACCAGACAGCUGACAUUAUGACCCUGAAGUGGACGCCCAAUCAGCUCAUGAAUGGAUCUGUAGGAGACCUGGAUUAUGAACGCAGUGUGUACUGGGACUAUGCCAUGACAAUCCGUCUGGAGGAGAUAGUUUAUCUGCACUGUCAUCAACAAAUCGACAGUGGGGGAACAGUGGUGCUGGUGAGUCAGGAUGGGAUCCAGAGGCCUCCUCUUCGCUUCCCCAAAGGAGGACACUUGCUUCAGUUCCUUUCAUGUCUGGAGAAUGGCCUCCUUCCCCACGGGCAGCUGGACCCUCCACUGUGGUCUCAGAGGGGAAAGGGAAAAGUGUUCCCCAAGCUGCGGAAGAGGGUUCCUCAGGGAUCUGGUUCGUCAGAUUCAGUCUCAGAUAAAGAGGACGACGAGGCCACAGACUAUGUCUUCCGCAUCCUUUAUCCAAACAGCCAGUCGGAGUUUGUUAAUCCACCAGACCUGAUGGAUCAGGGAGCUGCAAUGUGGCAUCCCAGUCUCAGGAAGUCUUCAUGUUCCUCCUGUUCUCAGGGGAGUUUCUCUGAGGGAGCUACACCGAAGGGAUGUAACCACGAGAGGGCUCCUCUGAAGCUGCUGUGCGACAACAUGAAGUAUCAGAUCAUCUCGCGGGCAUUUUAUGGCUGGCUGGCAUACUGCCGACACCUGUCCACCGUGCGUACACACCUCUCUGCUCUCGUCAAUCACACCAUUGUGGAUCCCACUGUGCCAUGUGAUGCCUACAAAGGGCUCACAACAGACGUGUGGCAGACGUUCCUCCAGGACUGCACUUCCUAUGAAGAGCAGGAGCUGCUCCGUUUGGUCUACUUUGGUGGCGUGGACCCCUCCCUGCGUAAGGAGGUGUGGCCUUUCCUCCUUGGCCAUUACCAGUUUGGGAUGUCUGAAACUGAGAGGAACGAGGUGGACGAGCAGGUCCGAACGUGCUACCAGCAGACUAUGCGUGAAUGGCUGUGCUGUGAAGAGAUUGUCCGCCAGCGCGAAAAAGAACAACAUGCUGCAGCUCUAGCAAAGUGUGUAUCUGGGGCGAGUAUAGACAGUAAUAGCCAGAAGAUAACCCAUCAUGACUCCACUGUCAGUAAUGAGUCUUCCCAGAGCUGCAGCUCAGACCGGCAGAGUCUGCCUCGCUUACAGAGUGACUCCAGCAACAGCACACAGUUUUUCACAUCCUCCCAUCCCUUCCCCUGGAGUAGCCUGCUUCCCUUUGGCUUGUUCUUUCAGGUGUUUGAGUCCGUAGAAGAGGUGGACCAGAUCGAGACGGAGCCCAAGAGCGAAGAGGCCAGGCAGGUGCCAAAGAUGCCCAACGGAGCGCUACAGAACGGCACCAGCUCUCCUGACUCCGGACAUCCCUCGUCCCGCAACUUCUCCGUCACCUCGGGCCUGUCAGACGGUUCACUCAGCACCGAGGACAGCGCCACACAGGACACGAACCUGAGGUCUGCAGCCAUCCUUCAGGCGCCCCAGAGCCCUGUUAAAGCUCCACAACAUCCAGUGGUAGAGAGUGAAGCUCUAGCAGAGGGUAGUCAGGUCAAAGGGGAUGAAAGGGGCAAAGAAGAGAGGGAAGAGGCACCAGAUCCGACCAAAACUGCAGAGGGUAUCAAGACAGAGGUGCUAGAUGAUAACAUGAGUCAGAUAAAUGCCAACAAUGAGAAAGAUCUACAACACAAAACGCAAGAAAAUGCCAAAUCUCAAACUGUUACUGAAUUUGAAGAUGAAAACAUGGAUGCACUGGCAGACAUUAAAGAAGGUAAAUUGUCAGAAUCAGAAAAAUCAGGAAAAGCCUCUGAUAAUGUCCUAGUAUCGGAAUCCAAAGAACCUGUUGAGAAAAGCCUUGAGGAAACAAAUGAAAAGACAGAAAUGAUGAAAUAUGAAGCAACAGGAGAAUCAAACACCAGUCGUGCACAUGAGGUUUUAUUGAUGGAAAACAAGGAAAUGGAGAAGAAGCUCCUCUUUUCAGCAGACAGCCAGGUUCCAAUAGCCGGAGAAGCAUAUCAGGCCUCCCAGAAUGAUGAAGCUCAGGGCAUGACUGAAUCCGAUGAGUCUCCCUCAGCCAUAGAAAUGGAGGAGAUCCCCAAAGCCAAAGUUUCCAUGGUGCCUUGGAGCAGGAAGGGAUGCUGUGAAGCACCGUCUUCCUCUGAGGAGUCGGCCCCACAUAUGGAGCUCAGACUGCAUGAGGAGAAGCCCAGUCCAGAGGGCACAGAGUCCAACCUGUCUGAGGAACCGGAGAUGGAGAGCCUCUGUCCUCAUUACAAUCCUCUGUUGGAGUCUGGAGACCACAAGAAAGAAGUGACCUCGGAAGAUUCUGCCGGAGGCGCCUUCUCUCAAGAACUUUUGGAUCUGUAUACCCUGAAUUUGCAUCGCAUUGAUAAAGAUGUCCAGCGCUGUGAUAGGAACUACUGGUACUUCACCCCUGCAAACCUGGAGAAACUGCGCAACAUCAUGUGCAGCUAUAUCUGGAGGCAUCUUGACAUCGGUUAUGUGCAGGGUAUGUGUGAUCUGCUGGCUCCACUUCUUGUCAUUCUGGAUGAUGAGGCCAUGGCCUUCAGCUGUUUCACGGAGCUUAUGAAGAGAAUGAAUCAAAACUUUCCACAUGGAGGAGCCAUGGAUACUCACUUUGCCAACAUGCGCUCUCUAAUCCAGAUCCUGGACUCUGAGCUGUUUGAACUCAUGCACCAGAACGGAGACUACACUCACUUCUACUUCUGCUAUCGCUGGUUUCUCCUCGACUUCAAGAGAGAGCUGGUGUAUGAUGAUGUGUUUGCAGUCUGGGAAACCAUCUGGGCAGCCAAAUAUGUCUCCUCUAGUCAUUUUGUCCUCUUCAUUGCUCUGGCUCUAGUGGACAUUUACAGGGACAUUAUCCUGGAGAAUAACAUGGACUUCACUGAUAUUAUUAAGUUCUUCAAUGAAAUGGCAGAGCGUCACAACAUAAAGCAGAUCCUGAGCCUGGCAAGAGACCUGGUGUGCAAAGUGCAGAUGCUAAUAGAGAACAAGUGAUGGCGCCGUUCGUCUCCUCUUACUUCCAACUUCAGUGUGAAUGGCUGUAGCAGCACAAGAGUAAACUACAUUUGAGCACACACGCUCUCAUACAGACACACACUACACUACUCAAAGCCUUUACAAUCACACUUUGCUGCUAUGAGCCCUAUUGGCUGUAUUCACUUUGUUGUUUGUGUUGUCAACAGUUGUAUGGAUUUUUAACAUUUUUUGCCUCAUAACUGUCAGUACAUUCAGGUGAAGAUAAAUGUAACAAAAGCACUGUCUUUUGUUUCUAAAUAUUUUUGUCAGAAAUCCCUCAAGUGUCAAUCCAAAACUGAGUGCACUUAAUAUUUUGGAUGGUUUUAGUUACAUGUUAAAAGCCAAAAUACAGAGUGGAGUUUAACUAGAGACUAUAUUUAUGGGACAAAUAAAUUAUGAUAUUAGUUUAGAUUUAUUUUAAUAGUUUAGCUCUACAAGAUUGAAUUAGUUUUUAAUAUAUAGCAAGUUACCCAACCUUCCCAUCCCUUAAUAAAGGAUUUUAGCAGAGUUCGAAGGACAUAGUGUAAGUACAACCCAAAGGACAUUUAAUUUAUACAUAUCUGAUUCAGACCAGAUAACAUGUCAAAAAUGUAACCAGACUGCAGUUAUGUCUGACUCACAUUGUACAACAGUAUAAUUCAGUACCGACUGUGAUUUAGCAACAGUGUUUUCAGUGUCCUUGAAAUGCUUCGUCUGCCAAAUAGUAUGUCUUAAUUUGUCGUGUGGAUCGUACUGUGCUGAGAGAAAAUGGUGUUUAAAUUAUGAGAAUUAUAUUAUGUUAAAUGUAAUCUCCUAACCUGUCAUUUAAGUGACUCAUGAAUGUCUGGACAGAGAUUUGCUCAAAGCAACAAGCCUAAUUUAAGUCUGUUAUUUUUCAUCAACCAGUGAACCACUGUACAUUUUGUAAAUUGUGCACUUUACUUGCCAUUUUUUUGUUGUGUCCAGUAUUGUCAAGCUCCUGUUUGUUAAAUUAAAUGAUUUCAUUUUAAAUGUGGUGAUGGAUCAGAUGAGAUAACAGUUAUCUUUGGACAAACUGACAAAUUGCAGUUUGCAUUUCCAUAUAAUCCAAAUUCUUUGUGUGAAAGUAGUUUUGAUGGAUGAAAAUGAAAGGUACACUAUGAAUUAUUCUAUAGUUAUGAAAAUCCAAAUUACCUGGUGUUGUGAGGACAACAGUUUUGAUAUGAAGGAAGAAUAUCUGGAUCUUGUAAAGAUUAUCAUAUCCAUUAACCCCUUAAAAUAACAGUUUCAGUCUUAUUUAACAAAUUUAAUGCUUGUUCUUUUCUUGCUUCAAGUUCAUUCAUGUUUCAUAUUUCUUGUUCAAGUGUUGUUUCAUGCUGUAAGAUUAAUGUGUGAGAUUAAUUGCAUUAAAUAUUGGUGUUUCUUUGUGAAUGCUAAUGGCAGUGUCAGAAAAUGAAAACUUGUUUUAAUUUAUUGUAACAUUUAUUUGCUGGAGAUAUUUAUUUAUUCAUUGAGUUUCACAUUCAGAUGCUGCUUUGUUUGUAAGCUGAUUUUUAUUUUGUUCCCAAUUCUAAAUGUGUACUGUAAAACAAUCAAAUUCUAUACUAAGAGUUCAUA